GGCCAUCAGCCACAUGUGCCCCGCGUCAAGCCACAUUGUGACUUUUUUCCUCAGCCUCGCGAAGUUUUUGUCCCAGAUGCUUACAUCCGACCUUUUUCGUCCCGUCUGUUGCUCGCUCUUUUUUUAUUUUAUUUUUAUCAUUCAGGCCCGAGCAGCACUUGGUCUCGGCCGUACGAAGCAUCAUAAUGGCGAAACCCUCGCCUUUCCUCGAGCCCGGUUCUAGGACAUCGGCCAAUUCCCUCGCCAUCGUCCAGCUCUCGCGCGACAACCUCGUUCCCCUGAUCCUCCGAGACUCGACCGGUGCCGUCGACGGCUACGCCGAAGGUGCCGUCCUCAACACCCGGUUCGGGUCCUUUCCUCACUCCACCCUUAUCAACGUCCCGUGGGGCUCGCAAAUCCGCGCCUCGGUCGUCGAUACCGGCUCGCGGGGCCGCAAGCGCAAGAGAAAGGAGGACGAGACCGAUGCGUCCACGCCAGCCGCCGCCGACGACGCCGAAACCGAGUCGAGCGCGCCGGUCAAGAAGGCCCCUACCGCCGCCAGCGGCUUCGUCCACAUUCUCCAGCCCACCGCCGAGCUAUGGACCGCCGGCCUACCCCAUCGGACGCAGGUAGUCUACACCCCCGACUACAGCUACGUCCUCCAACGCAUACGAGCCCGUCCUGGCACGCGAUUGAUCGAGGCCGGCGCCGGCAGCGGCAGCUUCACGCACGCCUCAGCACGUGCCGUCUACAAUGGCUACCCCGAGAACGAGACGCAGCGCAAGGGCAAGGUCUUCAGCUUCGAGUUCAACAAGGACCGGUACGAAAAGAUGCAGGUGGAGAUCGAGGCGCACGGGCUGGAAGGCAUCGUCAAGCUCUCGCACCGCGACGUCUACAGCGGCGGGUUCCUGGUCGACGGCAAGAGCCCCGAAGCCGAGUCCGUGUUCCUUGAUCUGCCCGCCCCCUGGGACGCCCUCCGCCACCUGUCGCGACGGAAGCCCGCCGCGCUCCAAAAAGACGACGAGGACGCGGCGGCGGAAUGGGUCUCGCCGCUGAACCCCAAGAAGUCCGUCUACAUCUGCACCUUCUCGCCCUGCAUCGAGCAGGUGCAGAAGACGAUCAACACGAUGCGGACGAUGGGCUGGGUGGACAUCGACAUGGUCGAGAUCUCGCACAAGAAGUUUAACGUCAUCCGCGACCGCGCCGGCUACGGCCAGCCCGAGCGCGGCAUCCCGCCCGUCGCCCGCGACGUGAAGGAGGCGGUCGGCAAGCUGCGGGAGAUUGAGCGCCGCACGAGGGAGUACCACACCUCGGCGGACCCCAACUCGGCGGAAGACUCGCCGGCCGCGGGCACCGCCAUGGACGUGGACCAGGCGGUGGCGGCGGAGGCGGAAGCGACGAACGGCGGCGGCGGCGGCGCCCGAGAGGACGACCCCAACGCGGGGAAGCCGUGGCUGCAGGGCCGGGUCAUCCACCGGGCGGAGCCGGAGUUGAAGACGCACACGUCCUAUCUCGUGUUUGCGGUGCUGCCGCGGGAGUGGAGCGACGAGGAAGAGGCCGCGGCGCUCGCCAAGUGGCCGUGCGGCGCGGAGACGGGCGUCAUCGGGGCCAAGGACAAGGAGACGCGCAAGCAGGAGAAGCGCGAGCAGCUCCAGGGCAAGGGCAAGAGGAAGAAGAACAAGAAGGCCGAGGCCGCGUAGGGAAAUGAACGAGGCAAAAGAUGGGAUUAUUCACGGCUUAUUUCGAAGAAAAAAAAAAUUGAAAAGAGGAAAAGAGAAUCAAAGUAACGACGGGAAAUAGUAGAUACCCUAGCAUCAUCGUCUGGACUACGUUUCGGGAGUACAUAGGUGGAAAAUAAUUCAAGUAUUUCGGAGCCACGAGCCAUUUCACAC